GGCGGAAACAAUAGUGCGGAUCGGAUCGUGGCGCGCGGACGGUGGCCCGCGGAGCCGGACGGUAGAGGUCCUUCUCUGAGCCGCUCUGGUGCUCAGGACCAGUGCCGGGACGGACGGACGGACGGACAGACGAGACGGAUCCCACGCCGUGCCGGACGCCCACGAUCCUCGAUUGGCGCCCCCGGGACCCUCCGGUCCGUGGCCGCGGAGUCUCCGACGGGCACUAUGAACGAAGAGGAGCAGUUUGUAAACAUUGACUUGAAUGAUGACAACAUUUGCAGUGUUUGUAAACUGGGAACAGACAAAGACACACUCUCCUUCUGCCACAUUUGCUUCGAGCUAAAUCUCGAGGGAGUGCCAAAGUCUAAUCUUUUACACACCAAAUCAUUGAGAGGCCAUAAAGACUGCUUUGAAAAAUACCAUUUAAUAGCAAACCAGGAUUGUUCUCGUUCCAAGCUUUCCAAAAGUACUUACGAAGGGGUUAAAACCAUCGUGAGUAAGAAGAUAAACUGGAUUGUGCAGUAUGCCCAAAAUAAAAAUCUGGAUUUGGAUUCNGAGUGUUCCAAAACUUCCCAGCAUCCCCUGUUGAAUUUCAGGCAUAAGCCAGAGAAGAAAUUGCUCCCACAGUUUGACUCUCAGGUGCCAAAGUACUCGGCAAAAGGCUCAGCCAGAAACACAGGCAGCAUCUCAAGCUAUGCGCAAAGAAUCCUGGAGCACAGGGAAAAUACAGACUUCGGGCUGGGUAUAUUGGAAGACGCAGAUGCAUUGUGGACUCACAGUCACAACCAGGCACAGAAAACAGAAGAGACAAGCUCUGGUCCAGACGGGAAUAUCCAGACCCAGAAUCCACGUUACAGCCGUGAAGAAUUGAAUUCGAUGACUCUUGCUGAAGUAGUACAACUGAGUGCGAAGCUCCAACAGCGAAUCCAGGAGGUUUUUGAAGAGUUAACACACCAGGUGCAAGAGAAGGACUCUCUGGNGUCAGAGCUCCAUGUCCGUCACGUGGCUAUCGAGCAACUCCUCAAGAACUGCUCCAAGUUGCCAUGCCUCCAAGUGGGACGGACAGGGACGAGGUCACACCUACCCAUGAACCACUGAAGGGAACGUAGCUGCCCNGCUUUAUCCUCUACUGCUCUACUAAGCAUACGGACCGAGAAAACAUGGCAAGGAAGUCAUGGUCCAUUUUUAUGGUUGUUGUACUUGCAAAACAUAAGAUAAUACUCAUUAUCUUUAUCUAAUAAAGCAGAUCACUCUAGUCCAGGUUANUCAAUCAUUUGGCUUCAUUGGGGGACUUCUUAUAAUUACUANAUGCCCCUCCCUAACUUUUAUCAUAUGUGACUACUUAAAUAUUCUGUUACAGUGUUUUAUUGANCAAUUUUUAUUGUAACUCAGUUGUCAAAACAAUAGAAGCCUAGUAAGGUCUUAUAUUCACCUAAACUACUAGAGAGAAUUUUUAAGAGGGAAAUAGANUUCAUNAUAUCACCUUAUUUAUGAGCAAUAUUUUAAUAUAAAAUUUUAUAUAGAGAAUUGCUAUUUUGGGUAUUUUUCAUUGUCUUUAUAAGUCUGUAUUUGAAUGGCCAUGUGUAUUUGCACUUCCUGUGUGAAUAUGUCAAGAUCGCUGCAUUUUGGCGAUACGGUGUUUUUAUAACUUAUCUUUCUUUCCAAAGAUAAAUGUGUUUCNGAUAGUAUUCGGAGAAGCAGUCUACCUAGCUGAGCUGUUUUAACUACUUAACAGCAUAUGAAAGGGGAAUUAAUCGUUCCUUUAAAGCAAAUAUCCAAGUAAACAAAGCACAUUAUUGUUUUCUAAUGAAAGCAAUGCUGAAUUAGCUUAGGAAGAAAAUACUAUUCUAGUUUUUAUGUGUCAGUCUCCAUAAAAGUAGAAGCCCUGCCCUGCUUCUUAAUUCUCAAGACUUUCUUGGAUGUGUUAGUUUUGGACAAAGUAGGUCAACUAUCUUCAGACUGCANGGGUCUUCCUUUGGGGGAAAAAAUAAAAUUAUUAUGUGUGCCACUUCACAUGGAGUCCCCGUAAUCUACGAACUGUCCAAAAUCUGCUAUCCACAUCACUGAAGUUAGUCCCAAAAAAUAAUAAAAAAACCAUUAAAGAAAGAAAAGAAAAAGCAUUUCAAGGUACUUUUCUAAGUUUUAAAAAUCUAAAGGGAUAGAAGAUUACAGCACCACCCUCACCACCCCCCAAAAAAUUCUUCAAUAAAAAGGAUAGUAUAAGCUACUUUGGUUUCAUAUUCUUAACUACUAAGUUAAUGAUAACACAAAAGCUAGUGCAAAAUUACGAUGAACUUUUAGCUGGUGCUUAGAAUGUAUUUGUGUGGUAGAUAGGUUUUGCCUGCAGAAAUCUAAGGAAAGAAAACCCAUUCGGUGACUUGGCAGCCCCUCAUGCAUCAAGAUAGUUUCUGCCAUGAAGUCGGCAGUCUGUAUCUGGGCAUGGGUCAGACUUUUAAUAUUGAACAUAAAUAAUAUUUGACUAAGCAAACAGCUGCCUCACUGUAGAAAAAGCACCUUUUCAUGAUGCUAAGAUGUGGUAAACUGGCCUGGCUCUGUCCAUUAGUCAAUGUCCCAUUGGUUUUGCUUUGUCCUGAAGAAAACUUACCUUUGAAGACUUUUGGAAGGAGUUUUUGGG